AUGAAGGGAAAAAGCUUAAAAAACCCCGCAAACUCGACUCAAUAUCUGGAAUCCAUGUUACUUAUAAUCGGUGUCAACUUCAAACUCAUAAAAGUUGCGGCUCAAAAUAAUUCUGAUUACCAAAGAAUAGUCGCGUUCCAAAUAAAUCACCCGGAAGGCGAAAUAUGGACUUAUUAUAAGUCUGGAACCUCCGUUCAUUCCGAUGUUAUGAUAUCGAAAGUUGAUUACAAAGACUUUAUAUCGUUAUUGAAAAAAUGGAAUAUAAAAUUUACCAUAAAAUUAUACGAUAUUCAGAGAUUGAUAGAUUAUCAAAAUAAAAAGAAAUUCUCGUCAUAUCCUGUUCGAUUACCAAUUACCUCCUUCGACUUUCAGCACUAUCCCAGAAUGAAUGAAGUGUAUGCAUGGUUUGAUUUUUUAGCUGAUAAAUAUCCCAAAUGGAUAAAAGUAUUUGACAUCGGAAAAUCUUUCGAAGGAAGGCUAAUGAAAAUUAUCAAAAUAGGGCACGAUUCGGGGUCCAAAAAGGCCGCCUUUUUUGUAGAUGGUGGAAUACACGCGCGAGAAUGGGUUUCAGUUACGACGGCCCUGUAUUUUAUAUCUCGAUUGUUAGAACCUGAAAGAUGGACAAAUGAUGCGAAAGUUAUCAAAUCUAUGAAUGAUCUUUUAAAAACAGCUGAUUUUUACGUAAUGCCAAUUCUGAAUCCCGAUGGCUACGAAUAUUCACACACUAAGGACAGAUUAUGGAGAACAAACAGGCGACUAAACCCGGUAUCUAAAUGUGUCGGUGUCGAUUUGAAUCGAAAUUGGGGUCAUGUAUCAUGGGGCACCAACAAUGGGUUAAGCUUUAAAGGUUUGGCCCAUGAUGAAUCGUGCGGGGAAAUUUAUCAAGGAACAAAAGCUUUCUCCGAAAUCGAGACGAGAAAUGUGAGAGAUUUUAUAAGGAACCGGAAAUGCGACAUCCUCUCCUACCUAACUCUUCACGCAUAUGGCCAAAUGUGGAUGUACCCGUUCGCUCACACUCACGAUCUUGCGCCCGAUUAUAAGGAAUUAAGUGAUCUGAUGAGAAAAGCGACCAAGUCUUCGGGUUAUAUAACUGGCAGCGUUAUCAAUCUCUUAUAUCCCGCAAGUGGUUCAUCAAUGGAUUGGGCUUACGACAAUAUGAAGAUAAAAUACAGUUUUGCGGUUGAAUUGAGAGAUCGGGGAAAAUAUGGAUAUUUAUUGCCGAGUAAAAAAAUUAUACCAGUUGCCUCCGAGGUGUGGGGAAUUUAUGAAUAUAUUAUUUUUUACGUGUUAAAAAGUGGAACGAGCCAUAAAUGCGCUCAAAGAAAUAUAGGAAAAAAAUAA